AUGUCAAAAAAAGAUUAUCUGUUAGAGAGAAAUAAACAAUAUCCAAACUUCCUUCUACCAUAAAAUAGACUUGAUGGAAAUAAGCGUAAAGCAGAAGAUCCUCUCUAUGAUCCUAAUACUCUCCAUAUACCUCUUGAGGAUAUGAAUAAACUAUCCCCAGGUAUGAAAAGAUAUUGGGAUAUCAAGAAAAACUCAAUGAGUUAGAUUUUAUUAUAUAGAUUCGGUGAUUGGUAUAUUGCUUACUACGAUGAUUUAGAUGCAUGCAUUAAACUAUUUGAUAUGAUAGUAGUCCCGCAUCCAGGCUCCUAUUAGUUAGGAUUUCCUCAAAGAAACCUAAAUGAUAAUAUUUACUUGCUAAUAACUAAUGGUCAUAAAGUAGCCAUUUGUGAGUAGACUGAAACUAGAGAGUAAAUGGAGAAAAGGUAAUAAUCAGAUAAGAAAACAUAAAAGAAAUCUAUAAAAAAGAAAAAGUUAAAUUAAAACUAAACUGCUCCUGAAUAGCAAUCAUCUUAAGAGGAUUAGGAGUAAACGGAGAAUGAUACUAAAGUUGAACAACCUUUGAAAAAGGUAGAUACUCCAAAGUAAGACUAAAAUUGGAAAGCUUGUAGAAGAGAGAUCGUUGGAAUAUAUACGAAAGGUACAUUCAAUCCAGGCAUUAUAGAGAUGAAUUAAAAAUAGUAAAAGAAAGAUAAAAAAUAAUCAUCAGAGAAAGAAAUUUCUGAUCAAAAUUUUGAUAAUAGAUAUGUGCUAGUGCCAUUGGAAUGUGUGGCUUUGCAUUCUGAGAGCUCAAAAGAAACAAUUAAAAUGAUAAGAAGCUCUCAAUUUUAACCAAUGAUCCAAUAUAUGACUUAGAAUAAUUUACCAACUGCAGCUGAUACAGAAGUAAUGAUUACUAGAUAUUUUACAACUGAUUUGUAAAACUGGGCCGAAGGUCUUAAUGACCUAGUAUAAACUUUGAGGAAAAAAUGUGAUGAGUCUGCUAUGAUUUCUUUUGGACUGACAAUCAAAUAUUUAGAGUCAUUGAUGCUUGCAGAAUAAGUAAUUCCAUUUGGAUAGUUCUAUCAAUAUGAGGGAGAGUCCCCUCAUGCUUAUAUCAAUGGGUAAAACCAUAUGACUUUAAAUGGAAAUGCAUUGGAAAAUUUAGAAAUAUUUGUAAUUAACUCACAAAGCUAUGACCCUAAUUAAAAUCAAAUGGUAAGAAAAUCAAAAGGAAGCUUGAUGGAUUAUAUUGAUAAAACAUGUACUCCUUAUGGAUAAAGACUACUUCGAAAAUGGCUUAGCAUGCCUCUAAUAGAUAGUGAUAAAAUAAGUGAAAGACAAGAUUGCAUUGAAGAUUUACUUAAUAAUUUUGAACUUGUGCAGAGAUAUAGAUCUAAAGCACGAAAGACUUCUCAUGACCUUGAAAGAAUGCUCAGCAAAGUCUAUAGCUAUAGUGUCAAAGCAUAAAUUCAUAUUGCAUAUGAUGAUCUUAGUUGGAAUCAGAGACUAAAAGAUUUCAAAAAAGUUUUAGAUCUUCUAGAUGAGCUUUUAGUAAGAAUUAUGUAUCUUUAAUUAUUAAAGGAAAUUAAAAUUGAAGUAUUUGAGUACGAUAAAGAUAAUUUUAAGUCAGAAAGAUUAAAAAGAUUGUGCACAUUCAGAACUGUUUAAGAAAAUCCUAUGGAUGACAUUGAACAAGAGAAUAGAGAUGAUAGUCAAGAUAAAAUUGAUGUAUAAAAAGAAAAAUCGUCUCCCUAGAAUGAAAUAGAGAAAAGGUGA